AUGUCUGAGCUUAAGGCCGGCGAUAACUUCCCAGAGGGUGUCUGGUUCAGCUAUAUCCCUCCCUCGCCUGAAACCUCCGAGUUCACUACUUGUGGUACACCUGUCCCCUUCAACGCCAGCCAAGAAUUCAAGAACAAAAAGGUUGUUCUUGUCUCUAUCCCAGGUGCCUUCACACCUACUUGCUCUGGUUCUCACAUUCCUUCCUACUUGGAACACGUCGAUAAGAUCAAGGCCAAGGGCGUUGAUCAGGUCAUUGUCAUCGCUGUCAAUGACCCCUUUGUCAUGAGCGGCUGGGCCAAGGCCAACGGUGUUACCGACGACAAGAUCCUCUUCAUGUCCGACAAGGAUGCUAAGUUCUCCCAAACCAUCGGCUGGAAUAUUGGUGAGCGAACUGGACGCUUUGCGAUUAUUGUCGACCAAGGCAAGGUCGUGUACGCUGCAAGGGAUGAGGAGCCUGGGAGCAUUGAGAAGUCUGGUGCCCUGGGUGUCUUGGCCCAGCUGUAA